AUGUGCUUCACCGAUGGUGAUGACAACAGCACAGUCGCGCCUCAAUGUGCCGAUCCGGAUUUUGAUAUCGGUGCUAUCAGUGAUGACAUGUCCGCUCUAACUAAUAUAUAUGACAAGGAAUUGUUCUGCAAUGAGUGUUUCUUGAAUCUGUAUCGGCAACGUCUCCUGGAUCCUUGGCUACCAGUUAGCAAUUUCACGGAUUAUUUAAUCGAUCAGUUCGACCUUGUUCAAACAAACUGCUCAACAACGCUGCCUUACAGCACUUCAGCCUCCACCUUAUACGUAGGGACGGCAACGGCUACUACCACCACCAGCGCAACGACGACAGGUUCCUCCCCAACAACUACACCGACUUGUCUGGGUCAAAUGGUGCAGCCGCUGCAAAACUGGCUCACCUGCAAUGAUCUUUGCGAUACGUACAAUAUAUCAACGGGUGACGCUAGAGUUAUCACUGGGGAUUUCAGCUGCUAUUUCGACCAGGCUACCUGUUUCCCCCUUCCAUGCGAGAUCGAUACGGUUUGGGAUACACCAAGUUGUAACGAUCUUGCUAAGAGAUAUUCCAACUCGACUUACACCGUGACCACUGGUCAAUUCCUCAGCUGGAACACCAAUAUCCAGGGCAGUUGUUCAGGAAUUGCACCAGGGCAGCGUUCUAAGAUCAAGGAGGACAAAAUAGAGACAUUUGCGGCAUUCAGUGAUGCUAACCAGAGUCGGCGAGAAAAAAGUGCCCCUGGAGGCACGUUUCCUAAACCCAACGCGACCAUCACGGCGCCUGGCGCGACCGGCCAGCCUACUUACUACACAGCAACCACUGCGGCCUACCCGACCCAAAGCGGAACCAUCAGCGAGUGCGGCAACUACUAUCUCGUUGUAGCCGGUGACGACUGUGCUACCGUCGACCUGCGCUUCGGUCUGAACUAUAGCCAGUUACAAGAGUAUAACACGUACCUUGACGCCACCUGCAGCAACCUGUGGCUUAAUUACGACGUGUGCGUUGCCCCUGUGGCGCCUGAGACAGUCUCAACGGAUGGUACGUGCCCUCCGGGGGUAACCUGUGUUGGAAGCACCUUUGGCGACUGCUGCUCGCCAUUUGGCUACUGCGGAACCGGGUCAGAUUACUGUGUCAGCACAGGCAACGGCACGGCGACGCAAGACGGCACCUGUGGGCCCAAUUAUGGGGUCGCUGAUAAUAGACAAAGGGCUACUGCGGCAAUGGCACCACGUAUUGUGGUGCAGGGAACUGCUAUUCUGGCAGUUGUGACACUGAUAAUGGCGGCCCGUCCACAAAUGGAGAAUGUGGCCCGAAUUUUGCCGGAAACAAGACCUGCACUGGUACCCAGUUUGGGACGUGUUGUUCCACGUCUGGUUAUUGUGGAAGUACCAGUGACUAUUGUUCUGGGUCAAACUGCUAUAGCGGUGCUUGUACGUCGUAAUGUUGCUCAGACUGUGAAAGAUAGAGUUUCUUAA